UUUUGACAUUCCGUAAUUUCUGACAGGUUGGACGUAACAAAGGAGUCGAUGGCACAUGUAGCACGCGACCGCGCGUCAUUCGUAUAUCGUAGCUGUUAAACGGGAAACGAAAUAUCAUGUUGGUGCAUGUUCUACGAGAAUACAAUGUCAAUAAAAUAUUAUUGUCACGCUUAGGUCUUUGGCCGUUCCAAAGUAGGCUCGUGAGAAAUUCGUUACCGAUGUUUUGUCUUAUAUUUGAAAUAAGUUACUAUCCGUUCGAGGUAAUGUGCAUCGAUCAAUGUUCAGAUCAAUUUUGUACAAUAUAACUGUCUUGCCACAUGUGUUUCGGUUUAAAACUUGACGUUACACGUAGAUUUUAAUGUUGUACGAUCAUCGAGACGAUGCGCAAAUGGUUUUUGAAGGUUGCUAUCAAUUUGUCAUAUCAACCGCCUUUAUAGUAAGGCUGUGGAAUGAGAUUUGGAAUCGCGACAAGUUCCGUCGUUUAUACGAAGCCAUGAACGAUCAUUGGGAUAUAUUCACGAAUGAAUUAGAAAUUCGUGUUCUAAAAAAUUAUUCCGUCAUAUCGCGGAAAUUUACGAUAUUUUACUCGACUAUGAUGUACCUUUUAAGUUCAAUGUUCGUAAUAAUCCCGUUGACACCGACGUUCCUAGAUAUCGUGUUGCCUCUCAACGAGUCGCGUCCACGAAUCUUAGCGAUCGACGUUGAAUUUAGAGUAGAUACGGACGAGUACUUUGUGCCAAUUUUUUGUUACACUACUGCUAUAAUUUUGGUGGGUAUAAGCAUAAUGGUGGGUGCCGAUACAAUGCAUUUCACGUGUACCACUCAUGCAUGUAGUUUAUUCUCAAUUAUCGGUGAGCAAAUUGAACAGAUUACGUCGACGCAACACACGCGAAAAUGCGAAUGUGGCUCGAAAGAGCAUGACUGGUCGAAAGAGCAGGUGAUAUAUCAGAAAUAUGUUACGUGCUUAAAAAAAUAUCAACUCGCAUUAAAGUUUGUCGAUAUAUUGAAUUCGACGCAUCAAACGGUUGCAGUAUUCUUCUUGCUGUUGAUUGGUGCAACUUUAAGUCUGAUUGGAGUUCGAAUUGUCUAUGUAUUAGACCAGCUCGAAGAAAUGGCCAGAUUUACGUUUAUAAUUAUGGGAGCGUUAUUACAACUGAUGAUCAUGUGUUAUUCCGGUCAGAAAUUAAUGGACGAAAGCCAGAAUGUAUUCCAUCGAGCAUACGCAGCGGAAUGGUAUUUAUUCUCACCGAGAUUAAAAUCGCUGCUGAUUAUAACUCUUUACAGAAGUUUUGUACCGUGCAGUUUGACUGCAGGUAAAUUAUUUCCGUUAUCAAUGUCGACUUAUGCCGCGGUGGUACGAGCGGGCAUGUCUUAUUUCACAGCAUUUCUGUCGUUUAAAGAUUAAUUUAUCCGAAUUUCCAGUCAUAGAUAGGAGAACCUUAGGUUAGUAUCCCGU